AUGGAGGUCUUGAGACACGGUGCUGUUGGGUGUUUUGUGACGCAUUGUGGGUGGAACUCGACAUUGGAGAGUAUAGUGGCCGGAGUGGCAGUUGUGGCGUGUCCACAGUUUUCCGAUCAGCCGACGAAUGCAAAGAUGGUGGAGGAAGUGUGGGGGAACGGCGUUAGAGCGGUGGUGGAUGAGAAAAUGGUGGUGAAGAGAGAAGAGAUGAAGAGGUGUUUGGAAGCGGUGAUGGGAGGCGGCGAGAGGGCGGAAGAAAUAAAGAAGAGUGUUGAGAAAUGGAAAAAGGUUGCCAUGGAAUCCGUCGAAGAUGGUGGUUCGUCACAGAUAAAUCUAAAAGUAUUUUUGGAAAGCAUUUUAUAA